AUGUCCAAUUUAAAUUUAAAUACCUCAUUGGUUUCAUCUAAAGCGCUUGUCGACUCAUCUAGCAGGGCCAAGUUAGGUCUCGAGAGCAACAAGCGUGCAAAUGCUAGGCGUUGCUGCUCACCAAUAGAUAGAACACUAGACCAUUCAUACAUAGAAUCUAGUUGGUCAGGUUCGGGCCCAUAUCGCGAAGUUGCUUUAGGUGAAGCUGCAUUUUCAGAAAGAAUCUUAUUGUUCCCCUUCCGAAGCUCCACAGUCCAGCUAAAGCUCUCAGCAAUGAGAGAAGUACAUGGGUGCAACAACUGCUGCAGGAAGAAUCUGAAUCAGGUAUCGGUAGCCGCUGGUGAAGAAAUCCAGAACAUUACCAUAACUCAAAGAAUUCAAUGGAGGUUUUUGCCUUCUGACUUUACUUCGAAGAUAAAUAUUGCAGUAGAAUUUCUGCAAGAAAUUGUGCAGAUUGCCUCCAACAUUCCACAGGAUUUUAUUCCAUAA